GGUUUUGGUGAGACUGAGAAUAUUUGUUUGAGGUGCUUGUGGCAGACGCACAUGCAAGACAGUUCGAAUUGGUGGACAAUGGAGCCGAAUGAGACAUUAGUGAGUGAGCCAGCCAUGCCAGGCUCCACCAAGGCAAGUGGCACGGAGACACCCUGCCUGAUGGAAGACAGCCAGGAAAACCCAAAAGAGAAAGUGCGUCUUGACUUGUUCACCAUCACAGGAUACGCUACAACAAAUGACGGAGUAUAUGUUGCUACGAGCCUGUUGCAGCAGCGAGCCAAUGACAUCCGACAGAACAGAAUCAACUGGCAGUCAUAUCUUCAAGGUCAGAUGAUAAUUCAAGAAGAUUUCAACUUCAUCACAACUUUUGACAACUCGACUCCAGAAAUCCGGAGGAAAUUGCUAAAGGAUAAUGCUAACCAGUGUGCCAAAACAUUCCUGAACCUGAUGGCUCACAUCUCAAAGGAUCAGACCGUACAAUACAUCCUGACCAUGAUUGAUGAUAUGCUACAAGAGGACAAGUCCCGCGUGGAGAUAUUCAAAGAUUAUGCAAAGAAGAGUCGUGAUUCUGUUUGGGGGCCGUUUCUGAACAUGCUAAAUCGACCAGAUGGGUUCAUUGUUAACCAGACGAGUCGUAUCAUCGCUAAGAUAGCGUGUUGGAGCAAGGAGCUGAUGGAGGGUGCAGACCUGCAUUAUUACCUCACCUGGCUUAAGGAUCAGAUGCGUGUCCCGGGAAAUGAGUAUCUCCAGACAGUCGCCAGAUGUCUUCAGAUGAUGCUCAGGAUCGAUGCGUACAGAUACGCGUUUGUCGAGGUGGACGGAAUCAGCACUUUGAUCUCGGUCCUGGCUGGGAAGGUCGGCUUCCAGCUCCAGUAUCAGUUGACCUUCUGCAUCUGGUGUUUGACCUUCAACCACAAGUUGGCUGAAAAACUAACCGACAAAAUCGAAUCUGGCAGUAGAAGAUAUAACGUCAUCCCGAUCUUGUCGGACAUCUUGAGCGAGUCGGCACGGGAGAAAGUCACCAGGAUCAUUCUUGCCACGUUUAGGAACAUGUUAGAGAAUCCUACCGUUCCUGACAUCAUCCAAGACUACGCGCUUGCGAUGGUCCAGUGCAAGGUGCUGAAACAGCUACAGCUCCUCGAGUCGAGGAAGUUUGAUGAUCCUGACAUCGCAGAUGAUAUCACAUUCCUUCAUGAGUUCUUGCAGACCAGUGUUCAAAAUCUCAGUUCGUUUGAUGAGUAUUCGACCGAGAUCAAGUCUGGCCGCCUGGAGUGGAGUCCUGUUCACAAGUCGGAGAGAUUCUGGAGGGAAAAUGCUGGUCGACUCAAUGAGAAGAACUAUGAAUUACUAAAGAUAUUGAUCCGACUCCUCGAGUCUAAUCGUGAUCCACUCAUCCUGUCAGUGGCAGCGCAUGAUAUAGGAGAAUAUGUGAGACAUUAUCCGAGAGGAAAACACGUCAUCGAGCAUCUUGGAGGAAAACAACUAGUCAUGAAAAUGUUAUCACACGAGGAUCCAAACGUUCGCUAUGAAGCGUUGCUUGCUGUGCAGAAAAUCAUGGUGCAUAAUUGGGAAUAUUUAUCACGAACGACGGGGGUAUAACAGGCGGAUGAUUCAUGGGGUAUCGGCCUGCCAUGAUCGAUGGGAUAAAUUGCAUGAAUGAUAACAAUAUUCUGUUGUUGAUUGGUUGUUUUCGAUGGGACAUCAAGGACGCCAUGGACAUUAUUGCAUGUUGAAGUCCACCAGGACUGAUAUUGACAUGAUGUUUGAAUGUUUGUGUAUUUCAUUAUCAUAGGACCCUGGCCUACCAAAAUGGUUAUCACUAACUGGAGCAGAGUCUAGUUGGGGCGCCAAGUACCCCACGGUAGAAGGAGGUAGAGUACAAGAUUUUCCGGGAAUGACCUUUCAAGCAGAGAAACACAUUAUCAAAAUUCCCUGAAAAAGCUGUGAAUAAAUAUUAAACCAUUUUGACAGGCAAGAGUCCUGAAUGAGACCGAGUAUACAUGUGCAUGUACCACAGAACCAUGUGGUCAUAUUGGUGAUUGGUAAAUUAUUAUUUGGACAGAGGCAAUCUGACUUUGUGUAAUUAUUCUGGCCAACCCAUGUGAUGGGAUGAGAUGAUGGAGAUGGUAUCUCAGCUAGCCUCAAUGUCUGUCAGUAUUUCAAGCCGUCUAUGUCACCAAUGCCAUGAGGACGUAAGUAGGUUGGCUGGGCCAAGACUGCAGAUCAUCUUGGGUUGAAAACUCAAGUGUUCAUGGCUGUACUUUCAAUUCUGUUUAGCCACUGUCUACUAUCCUAGUAGUGCGGACAGAAUUACACAAAGUCAACAGAUUAGGGGGCAGAGGUGGUGGCAUAGCAUAGCAGGUGGGUCUGUCCUGGUUCAGUUCUUUGAACGUCUCAAUCAGGAUGUAGAUACAGGAGUGGCAGGCAGUAACUCCCACUUCUUGCAGGAUGUGACUUGGUCUUCCAUCGGUCAGACCUUGGUAUUAAAAAGGUGUAUUUAUCUGUGUAUCAAUCUGUGUAACUACAAAUAUGUGUAUAAAAGAGGCUAAUUAAAUAGCGAGUAAAUUAAAUGAAUGUGAUGUAA